AUGAAUAAUAAUGAAAUUCUAUUUUGGAAAGUGUUUCACAACAAAUAUUUAUUUAAUUUAAUAUUUGAAAUCAUGGAAAACAGUGAAUUAUUCAACAACAAUGAAAUCAAUUUUUUAUUUGAUAAAGAUAAAAGAAUUAAAUUUAAAUAUAUUUAUAGUUUAAAAUGGAUGAUUAAAAAUAACCAAUUUCAAUUAUUAAAAUCAAAAUUAAUAAAUGAUGAAUAUGUUUUUAUUACCUACUCUAGUAUCAGGCAUUUAAUCGAACUCUAUUUAAUUAAUGAAAGUGAAUAUAAUGGUAAUAAUAAUAUUCAAUUAUUAAGAAAGGAAGAAUAUUAUUCUAAUUAUAAUAUAUAUAAUAUCUCUAUUAAAAUUGAAUUAUUUAAAGAAAUAUUACAAUUAAUACUUGAAAAAAGAGAUUAUAAAUCAUUAGAUGAUGAUAAAAUAAUCCAAUUAGCGUUAUACCAUGGUAGUUAUGAAGUUAUUAAAAUAUUAUUUGAAUCCUUAAAUUAUAUUAAUAAUAAAAAUAAUAAUAAUAAAAAUUAUAAUAAUAAUAAUAAUAAUAAUAAUAAUAAUAAUAAUAAUAAUAAUAAUAAUAAUAAUAAUAAUAAUAAUAAUAAUAAUAAUAAUAGUGGUGAUGAUGAUAAUACUAAAAUAAAUAAAGAUAAAACUUUUGAAUCAUAUACUAUGGAAUCAUGGAAUGGAGAUGGUUUUUAUGGUUUCAACAAAAUGAGUAUGACUGGAAACAGAGUUCAUGGUAUUACAUUAGAGAAUAUUAUGUUAGACCAUCUUAUAUUAAUAGGUCAACAACAAGAACAACAACCAAAUCAAUUUAAUGAAUAUGUUUCAUUUUUCAUAAAUAAUAGGAAUUGUAAAAAAAGGAUUGGUGCAAAAUUAGCAAUAGAUUUAGAAAAAUUAGAAGUUUCAACAAAUUUCAAAACAAAUUAUAAAUUAUUAGAUUAUAUCAAAAUCAUAUUUGAUAAAGAAAUUGAAAAUUUUAAUAAUAACAAUAAUAAUAAUAAAGAUAAAUUAGAAAUAUUAUUUGAAUGUAUUAAAUUAUAUAGGGGAGAACAUCCACCAUUAGAAUCAUUAUUAAAACAAAAUGAUGAUGAAACUAUUCAAGAAUUAUUAAAACAAUUAAUCAUUUUAUCAAAAUCAAAAACAUUAUUUGAAUUAUAUUUAUCAAAAUAUCAUGAUAAUAUAGGUGAUGAAUUAAUUUCAAUUGAUAAUUUUAAAGAAAUUGCAAUCGAUUAUUGCCUUUACAAUUACAUACCAUCAAUAUUUAAACAAAUUGACUUCACCAUAUAUCAUUUAAAAGUUUACCAUGGCAAUAACAAUAAAGCAAAUAAAAUAAUAUCAAAUUUAAAAAGAUCAAUCGAAUUCUUAAGACUCCUUAUAUCAAAAAUAAAUUAUAACCAUUGUUUGAAUGAAGAAGAAGAAGAAGAAAAAGAAGAAGAAGAUGGUGAUGAUGAUAAUGAUUAUGAUGAAGAAGAAGAAGAAGAAAAAGAAGAAGAAGAAGAAGAAGAAGAAGAAGAAGAAGAAGAAGAAGAAGAAGAAGAAGAAGAAGAAGAAGAAGAAGAAGAAGAAGAAGAAGAAGGAAAUCUAUAUAUUAAAGAUACAAUUUUAAAUAUAAUGUUACAAACUGAUAAAUCAACAUAUGAAGAAUUAUAUAGUUUCAUACCAAAUAAAUAUAAAAAUAAUUUACCAUUGCACUGGAAUCCAAUUUUAUCAAGUAUUGGUAAUUGUAAUGUACUUUCAAUUGCUAAAGAUAUUGAAACAAUAAAUUUGCUUAGUAAUUGGAUAGAAGAUAUGGACUAUAAAUUAUAUAAAAUUAAUACAAUUGAUUUUUAUUAUGAUUCGGUUGAAUUAUCAAAUUAUUUUAUAAAAUUACAUUCAAUAACAAAAAAUUCAAAUGGCUUUUAUUUUGUACCAUUUUUAAAGGCAUUUGCUGAAAGUAAUAUCAAUGAUUUUAAAUAUUUUGACUCUUUGGGUCUUAAAAUUGGAAAUUAUUUACAUAAAGUACUAUUUUCUUUAAAUAAAAGAUUAUUAAAUGAAGAUGAUGAAUUAAUAUACCAAGAAUAUAAUACAAUGUUCAAUUUUAUAUUAGAUAGUCAAAUGGGUGAUCCUUCUAAUGAUCUUUACAAAUUAGUUGAAUAUAUAGCUAACAAUGGUUAUUAUAAAGAUGAUCAAUAUAAUAAUAGAACCAAUUCAAAUGAACAUAUAAAGUUUAAUCUCUCAAAAAUUAAAAUCAAUUUAAAUAAAGAAUUAAUUAAAGAUUUAUUAUCAAAAACAUUAAAUUAUAAUUUAUCAUCAAAAACAUUAAAUUAUAAUUUAUCAAGAUUGGUUGUCGAGAAUUUAAUCUUUACAAAUAAAGAGUUGGAUUUCAAUAUAAAAUCAAAUAAAUAUGACCCAUUAUUUAUUAAUUUAAUAAUUAUUCAAAUAAAUAAAUGUAGAGAAAUAAUUAAAAUAAAUAAUAAUAAUAAUAAUAAUAAUAAUAAUAAUAAUAAUAAUAAUAAUAAUAAUAAUAAUAAUAAUAAUAAUAAUAAUAAUUAUAAUAAUAAUAAUAAUAAUAAUAAUUAUAAUAAUAAUAAUAGUAUUGAAGACUCUUUUAAAACACAGCAAGCAAAUUUAAAAAUUUAUUUAAGAUUAUUAGAAGUUUUAUUUUAUUGUAAUUUUAGAAAUUAUGAAAAAGGAGAGGAUUUUGAAAUAAUUAACCAAAUGUAUGAUGUUUUAAUUGAAAAUCAAUAUGAAUUUCAAAUUGAAAAUAAACAAUUAAAACUAUUCUUAAUAUUUAAAAGAUCACCAAUAUUGUAUGAAUAUUUAAAAGAUAAAGGAGAUAUUCAUAAAACAAUUAAAAAAACUAUUAAAACAAUAUCUUUAGAAUUCAUUCAACAAUCACCAUUUGAUGAUUUAAUUGAUUCGGUUAUAUAUCGUCCAUAUAAAGAAGAAGUAGAAAUAUUUGGUUACUCAAAAUGUCAGGGAGUUAUUCAACGUAAUUUACAACUAUUCAUUUUACUAAAAAGAAAAGAUUUAUUUUUAAAAGAGUUGGAAUUAAUUGGUUCAGGUGGUAAAGAAGAAUUGAAUUUUCCAAAAUUUAUAAUUAAAUGGUGCUGUCUUAAUUUAGAAUUAACAUCAAUAAAUUAUAUAUUUAAAGUAAUCAAGAGUGAAAAGUCUUUAAAUGAGGAUUUUUUUUUUAACUAUUACAGGCCAACUAAAAUAUCAGAAUUUUGUCUAGUAUCAUUACAAUUGGGUAAAAUUGAAAUUACAAAAUUAUCAUUCACAAUUUUAAAUAAUUAUUUUACACAUUUUAGUUCAUAUGUACAAGAGUACUAUCAAAAUUUUAAAGACCAGGUUGAAAAUUAUAGCGAACAUGAUUAUUUAAUCAACAGAAAUUCAUUAGCCGAACUACUACAUGGCAUUAUUGGAGGAUUAAAGCAAGCUAAAGAGUAUGCCUAUAUGUAA